GAGCUGCGCCCCCCGCGGGUGCCCACUGCGAAAGCUGCUGCUGCUGAUCGUAGCCGUAGCCGUGGUGCUGCCCCUGAAGCUGGAGGAUGACAUUCAGAUCGAGUCCGAGCCGCUGUCCAAGCGGUUCCACAUCCGCAUCAAGGGCAGCGUGGCGUACGCGGCGAAGAAAAUACAUGUAUGGGCGGACAAGUCGCCGUGCCAGAUCAAGAAGGAACUGCUCCUCAAGCAGUGCAAGCGGGUGGUGGGGAACCAGUGCCCAAACAUGCGAGUGUACGUCAAUAGAGAGUGUGGCGAGUUAUCCGUCUCGUGGAAGCCGAUCCUCAAGGUGGAACCCGUACAGAACGACGUGCCCAAGAUCGAGUGGGCCAUGGGCAACCUGGCGGCCGUCGGGAUUGCUCGUGAUCGCCUGAG